AUGGGCACCCUGAGCAAGCACUUUUACGCGGCCACGCGGGACAAAACCUGCCGGGACAUGCUCCAUCCGGGCCACACCUGCUGGCAGGCCGGUCAGGUGUACCUCUGGCAGGGCUUGAUCGGCGCCAUGCGACACUACCUUCCCGGUGCGGUGACCGCGCUGCUGUUCCGCAUGAACCAGUGGGACGACCCGCGCGUGUGGAUGAACUUUGUGGCGCAAUACGCGCGUUGCAUCGUCGCCGGGCUGCCGAUGACCGCCGGUAGCUUUCACUUCUUCUGCGGGUUCUACAACCUUCUGGGUCGCUUCUCGGCCCCGUUCUUCGUGUUCAUUCCUUCGUUUUUGGGUGCUUGCACGUGCAUGUUCCUGCCGCGGCCGAUCGUACGAGCCCAGGGAGUUGGACUGCUGAACAUGUACGUCGAGUUCUUGAUCAGAAGGGUUCGUGGUAGAACGGCUGAAACGUUGCGAACCUCGCGACUGAUCGGUACGAUCAUGUUUGGUGUCUUCAGUGCCGCCAUGAUGGGAGCUCUACAGUACUUGCAGAUUGAUCGGGUCUGGUUUGCAAACGUCUACAAGGAAAGCGUCACUCCAAACAAUAACAUAGAAAAUUGCAAAACUCGCUAUUGUUCUCACCAUCCAACGAAACCAUGCUGGCAGCAUAUCUUAAUCCAGGUCAAGCGAUCGUUCUACUUCGGAUUGGCGAUCUGUCUGAUCAAGAACGUUUUACCGAGGAUCACCAUGCUGUUCAGCAGUCCCGUCAGCUUCCUACGAGCCAUUGCAUCACGUUUCGACUACGGCUUGAUCGGGUUCUUCACCGGCUACAAAGCCCUGUUUGAGAUCUUCAACUGCUGCCUUCCAACCAACGUCAGCUCCAUAACUCGAUCGUCGAUCGCUGGUUUCUUCGCCGGAACCUCGUACUACUUCUUCCCAAACUACCUCCUGUUCACCUACCCAAUAACCGAACUCAUGGAGGUUUACUGGUUGGUCUACAUGCGUUCCGAUCUCCCGAAACCUGCGAUCGCACGAAUCAUCGAUCGACUUCCGGUAGUCCUGCUAGCGUACGCCUUCAGCCUGGGCAUGAUGUACCACCUGCGGGUCGUCUACCCGUACUACACCAACCGCUACUGCCACAAGCUGAUGAACAUCGGCACCACCGGUCGCUCCGAAACGCUGGCCCGAGGUUACGCCGAAAUAAUGCUGGGUUACAAGUGA